GUUUGAAAGUUCGAUGCUGCUGACCUGGUACUGGAGUUUUCUGAGGGGAGCAGUUGUGGGCAAAUUCUUCUUUGGGAGAUCUAGAAAUAUGAGCAGCAAGAAACUAAGACGAGUGGGUUUCUCACAAGAGCUGUGUGACCGUUUGAGCAGACAUCAGAUUGUUAAUUGCCAGGACUUUUUAGAUCUCUCCCCACUGGAACUUAUGAAAGUGACUGGCCUGAGUUAUGGAGGUGUCCAUGAGCUUUUGUAUAUGGUCAGCAGGGCCUGUGCUCCCCAGAUGCAAACAGCUUAUGAGAUAAAGAUGCGGAAGUCUGCUGGUCCCUCCCCAGCGUUCCUAUCUACUACCCUUUCUGCUUUGGAUGAAGCCCUGCAUGGUGGUGUGGCUUGUGGGUCUCUCACAGAGAUUACAGGUCCGCCAGGCUGUGGAAAAACUCAGUUUUGUAUAAUGAUGAGUGUUUUAGCUACACUGCCUACCAACAUGGGAGGAUUAGAAGGGGCUGUGGUGUACAUUGACACAGAGUCUGCGUUUACUGCUGAAAGACUGCUCGAGAUCGCAGAAGCCCGUUUUCCACUCUAUUUUAACACUGAAGAAAAAUUGCUUCUAAUGAGCAGUAAGGUUCAUCUUCACCGGGAACUCACCUGUGAGGGAGUUCUUCAAAGGCUUGAAUCUUUGGAGGAAGAGAUUAUUUCCAAAGGAGUUAAGCUUGUGAUCGUUGACUCCGUUGCAUCCGUGGUCAGAAAGGAGUUCGAUCCGCAGCUGCAAGGCAACAUCAAGGAAAGGAACAAGUUCUUGGCCAAAGAAGCAUCCUUAUUGAAGUACCUGGCUGAGACAUUUUCACUCCCAGAGAGUCUUAUGAAAUUGCUCCGUGAGAUAGAAAUCACAGAUCCUCAGUGUAUUAAAACACUGGAGUUGGUGCUCACACUGUAA